AUGCCCGAGGCCCGCGACGCGGCCGAAGUUGAUGAGGGCACCUCGUCGGUUAAUAUCGUUGGUGGCGAAACUGCCAAGGCUGGAGACUUCCCAUUCAUCGUGUCUCUAUCCGGGUAUGACGGCUGGCACUUCUGCGGUGGUUCCCUUGUCAACGCCAACACCGUCAUCACGGCUGCCCAUUGCUCUACCCUGCCCGUGGAAGCACUCCAUGUCCGCGCCGGCUCACUUAAGUGGCAGUCUGGCGGUGUCCAAGUUGGCGUCUCUCAGAUCGUAGUCCACGAGAAUUACAGCGUCCCCUACUUCUCUGCUAACGAUGUCGCUCUCUGGCGUCUAUCGACUCCUAUCCGGACCAGCUCUACUAUUAGCUACGUUAAACUACCUUCUCAGGGCUCUGAUCCUGCUGGUGGUCUUUCAGCAGUUACUGCCGGAUGGGGCUACACUAUGGAGGGUAACGGAUACCUUCCAGACUCCCUACUUAAGGUCUCCGUUCCUAUUGUCAGCCGCGCUCCCUGCCAGGCUGCGUACAAGGACGAUGUCGUUGGUCCCGAUAUGAUCUGCGCCGGGUUGGCUGCUGGUGGCAAGGACGCCUGCCAAGGUGACUCUGGCGGCCCUAUCGUCGAGGUCUCCACCAAGACCCUGCUCGGCCUUACAUCGUGGGGUUACGGCUGUGCGCGCGCUAACGCCUACGGUGUCUACACCAACAUUGGCGCGAUCGUCAGCUGGAUCAACGCCCACAAGUGGUAA